UGCUUGCAGAUGAAGCUUCUGGUUGCUAUUUUGAUUUGGGGCGUCCAGGAUAAGGGAGGCGGAGUGUACACGAUGGAGGCGGGGCAGCUGCACGGAAGUGACGCAAGAAGCCGCCAUGCCUUUUGAGGGCGGCGACGGCGCCUGGCCGGCCAUGCUGGCUACGGGCACGUGAGUGGAGGCGGCGUUGGCGCGGAUGGCGUCUGGGCGGCCGGAGGAACUGUGGGAUGCUGUUGUGGGGGCCGCCGAGCGCUUCCGGGCCCGCACUGGCACAGAGCUGGUGUUGCUGACUGCAGCGCCACCACCGCCACCCCGCCCAGGGCCCUGUGCCUAUGCUGCCCAUGGCCGCGGAGCCCUGGCAGAGGCCGCCCGCCGCUGCCUCCACGACAUCGCACAGGCACACAGGGCCGCUACCGCCACCCGGCCUGGUCCCCCACCAGCACCACAGCCACCCAGCCCUGCUUCUAGCCCUCCACCUCAGCCAGCCCUGGCUAAGGAGGAUGAUGAGGAAGAUGAGGACGAGCCCACUGAGACAGAGACCUCUGGGGAACGGCUGGGCGGAAGUGAUAAUGGAGGACUCUUCAUGAUGGAUGAGGAUGCCACUCUCCAGGACCUGCCCCCCUUCUGCGAGUCAGACCCGGAGAGCACAGAUGAUGGCAGCUUGAGUGAGGAGACCCCCGCCGGUCCCCCAGCCUGCCCCAAGCCCCCGGCCGCAGCCCUGCCCACCCAGCAGUACGCCAAGUCCCUACCCGUGUCGGUGCCAGUGUGGGCCUUCAAGGAGAAGAGGACAGAGGCGCGAUCGUCAGAUGAGGAAAACGGCCCGCCCUCCUCACCCGACCUGGACCGAAUCGCCGCUAGCAUGCGGGCAUUGGUGCUGCGGGAGGCCGAGGACACCCAGGUCUUCGGGGACCUGCCGCGGCCGCGGCUCAACACCAGCGACUUCCAGAAGCUGAAGCGGAAAUACUGAGCAGGGCAGAGGGCCGGAGAAGGGCCGCUGGCCCUCCGGCCAUUGGGUUUUCGAGCCUUCCUCUGCCAGCGACAGGACAAUUCUUUACGGGAUCGGCUCGCUCCGGUUUGGAGGGGGCUAGUUCUAACGCUCAGUGGGUCAACUCCGUUUCUUACUAGCAACAGAAGCUUUACCGCGUACCCACGGCUCGCUGCAGCCGCAGCGCGGAGCCCGGCUGCGGGGCCGGGUGGUGGCUCCGCCCUUCCAGAACUCCCCAUCCGAUUGGCCCUGGCCUCCUGGGGGCGUGGCCAAGCCCUCCCGAACCCAGAGUUGGCCAGAGGCCUUGAGUUUGUUACACUACUAGGGCUGGGUUUUUCCUUUGUUUUUGCCCGAGUCCUGACACUUGUGUCCGGAGCCCCACGGGGAUAGUCCGGUCCUGCUUUUUUUGCGUCUGACGCCCCCCAUAGGUUCCACCCAACUACAGCCUGUCCAUCAAAGUCUGUCCUGUACCUAGGACGGUACCAGCUUCCUGUCCCCCGACCCAAACAGGUGCCUUAAAGGGCCCUCUCCCACCCAUGGCAGGGGGCAGGGGGCCUCACUCUCCGGCCCUGGCCCUGGGUGCGGGAGAGUAGGGUGGGGGCCAGGAGUGGGGGAGGGGCGCUC